ACAAUCAAAGACCGAGUCGAUUCAUUUCCUUAACCACGAUAUGGAGGAUUGUCAACUCUCCACACGGCCCGGAGUCAUGCAAUUCAAAGGCCCAUUUUGAAAUAUACCUUAAAACCCCAACUCACCAAUCAAGCAUGAAAACAUACUUCCACUAUAGAAAAAAACGAUCUUCUCACUUCUUUUUCACCAACCACCCGUAAUAAUUAUUAUGGAUAACUCCAGUGGUUAUUACGGUCCGCCUUCUUUCUACCAAUCCCCCAACCGCCCUCCUUUUCAAACCCAUCCACCUUACCACCCACAUCAGAACCCAAAUGAUGAUGACUACCAAGUCAACAAUGGGUCUAACUACUAUCCCUACCAUGAGGAACCACCAUAUGAUACCCCGUCUAGAAACUUUGGAUAUCCUCCAUACCAAGAUUCUGAUGGGGAUAACUAUUAUAAACCUCAUGGUGACCAAGAUGACUAUGACCAAUUUGGGGCUAUGUGCGACGAUCAAUCUGAUCCACUCGUCGAAGAAAUAAUAAGAUUAGAACAGAAAAUCUUCUAUCUGGAUGAAGUUUUAUUCGCUGAAGGCUUCUGGUACGAACCACCCUACUCUCGUGACUAUACCCUGUUUGCUGAAGAACAAAUUGAAGCAAUCAAGGUGGCAAUUCGAGAAAGAGCAAAACUUCUCGAAUCAGUCCGGAAGGAAAAGGAGUUUGAAAGGAGAUUAUGCGAAGGAUCAGAAUUGAUGCAGAAAAUGCUGGAUGACUUCCAAAGAGAGAGACUAGUAGCUGAGGCUAAAGCUGAUAAAUUAGUCAAUGAUCUCUGUAAGGCUGUUGAACUUAAACGCUCCCUCCAAUCUCAAGAUCAAUUGAGGGAGGCUAAUGUUCAAAAAGAGACUCUAGAACUUAUGACCAACCCUGAACCAUUCAAUCAUGAGGUUCCAGUUCUAGAAGAUUCUCCCAGUUCAAUAUCUUCACAGAAACCCGAGAGCAUAACAACUCUCGCUAGGGCUACUGUGGUGAUAUCACCUAACUAUCCUCCUAGGCAAGUCUCAACCAGCAUAGUCGUACAUGAGGUGGAACCAACUGAGGGACCUGACUCAGAACCAUCUAUGCUUAUUCAAGAACAAAAGGAGGAGGAAGUUUUGCCUAUGGCAACAAACGACCAUCUCCUUAAUUGCGUUGAAGACACACCUCCAGAGGAACCUGUUCUGGAGGAGAUAGAGCCCACUACCUACCCCCAAGAUUUUAAUGUUCAAGAGUCUGAGGAGGAAUCUAUAGACGAAGAAAUAGCUAGCACAGAGGAACCAAUAACGUCUAUAGAUAAUCAUGCUUCAUCAGAAGACUUAGACCAAACUUUCUUUGACUCCCUACUUGGCGGGUGUGACUUUGUCUGCCCGAAGGAUAGUUGGAGCCAAAAGAGUUGGGAUGAACUUCUGAUGGAUGUUGCUUGGAUGAUUCCGCAUGGAAACCGCCGCACAUUACAGAACCUGGAAGAGCUCCCCUUGCACUCAGAGGAAGCAAAGAAGAAGUUUCUCACUUGGGGAAACACGAAGAUGCUCCAGCCUCCCAUGGUGCUAGACCCUGCCUAUCUGGAUGAACUAGGGCACUGGCAGGACAUUGAUGAGUUGCUGUACGACCCGAAAUGGAGAAUCCUGCUGUUCUUGCACGCACCAGCCAGCUUGGAAGCCACCAUCGAGUUUUUUUGCUCCCUCCGCUUCUUUAAUGACGGAGAAGAGGCAAAAUCGGCAACCGAAGUCACCUCCACCACAAAGUCUACUUGCAAACACCAGUUUGUUUUGUGUGGGCCAAUGGUUACGCUCCUGGCCCGUGGAUUGCGUAUGUCAGUUCCCGAUGUUCUCCCAGAAGCUGCAAGCAUGUUCCGACCACCGACAGGGUAUUUGGCCCAGAUUGCCUACAAUAAGGAAGACAAGGAGGCCCGUCCGAGACGACAGCAUACAAUUCCUAUGACUCUUCGCGAGCUUUCGUAGGCUAUGUUUGCAUUCCAGGAUUCUGUGGAUUC